AUGUUGGAAGAAGAAGAAUUUUACCUCUUUAAAAAUAUAUCCAGUGUGGGUCCAUGGGAUGGGCCUCAAUAUCACGUAGCCCCGAAAUGGGCAUUUUACCUUCAGACAGUCUUUAUGGGCUUUGUGUUAAUAGUUGGCACACCACUGAAUACCAUUGUGCUUGUGGUGACAGUUAAAUACAAGAAGCUACGACAACCACUGAAUUAUGUACUGGUAAAUAUUGCUUUGGCUGGGUUCAUCAUGUCUGUGUUUUCCAUAUUCACAGUUUUUGUGUCCAGCUCUCAAGGUUAUUUCAUAUUUGGAAAGACUGUGUGUGCCCUGGAAGGGUUUGUGGGCUCUCUUACAGGUUUGGUUAUCGGCUGGUCCUUGGCGUUCUUAGCCUUUGAAAGAUACAUUGUUAUCUGCAAACCAGUGGGCAGUUUCCAUUUCAGCUCUAAACAUGCUCUGACUGUGGUGUUCACCACUUGGAUUAUUGGGGUUGGAGUGGCCCUUCCUCCAUUCUUUGGCUGGAGCAGGUACAUCCCGGAAGGCUUGCAGUGCUCCUGCGGUCCGGACUGGUACACUGUGGGCACCAAGUAUCGCAGUGAAUAUUACACUUGGUUCAUAUUUAUUUUCUGCUUCCUCAUGCCCCUGUCUUUGAUCUGCUUCUCAUAUGCUCAGCUUCUGGGGGCGCUGCGGGCGGUGGCAGCACAACAGCAGGAAUCUGCCAGCACCCAGAAGGCAGAGCGGGAAGUGUCCCGCAUGGUCAUUGUUAUGAUUGGGUCAUUCUGUCUGUGUUACGUCCCUUAUGCUGCAAUGGCCAUGUACAUGGUGACCAACCGCAACCAUGGUCUAGACCUCCGUCUUGUCACCAUUCCUGCUUUCUUCUCUAAGAGCUCUUGUGUCUACAACCCCAUUAUUUAUUCCUUCAUGAACAAACAGUUUCGGGCAUGCAUCAUGGAGACUGUGUGUGGGAGACCCAUGACAGACGAUUCAUCGUUAUCAAGCUCCAGUCAAAAAACUGAAGUGUCCACAGUGUCCACAAACCAGGUCAGCCCGUCACCAACCUAAAAAUGACACCUUCAACAAUUGGUUUCUCCUUACCUCCAGGAUUCAUAACAUGCCUAUAGUGACCCUGUUGUUUGAGGAUACUCUGUUGGAUUAUACUGGACAUCUGGAAGGUAGAAUUCUGCAGACACUGGACAACUUUGAUCAAUUUAUCGGUUUUAAGCUUUCAUCAGACAAGUGAAUAGCAUUGUUUUAAUAACCCAAACCAAUGUAUUGUUUAUCAUUACAAGAGCUGCAUUGGAAGAGAAUACCACUUCUUAUUAAAGAAGAGCACAGAAUAGCAGGUUAUGCCAAACUUUGUUACACUCAGUCCCACCCAGGGUAUAUAUUCUGUGCUCAGGUGAGAAGAUCCUUCAAAUCUCUCCCAUUUGGCGUUGACAGUAUAUCUAUAUAUUUAUAUAUAUGUGUAAUAAAAUCUCCAAAGUAAUUCCUCUUUGCACA